GACUACAGCCAGCCACCGUCCACAGUCUACGGCAAUCAGCGGGCGCCCGCCGAGGGUCGGAGUCGCAUGUUCAACUCGCGGAACAGCCGUCUCCCCGGGCCGGACAGCAGCCUGUCAGCCUCCACUGGGCGCAAGGCGGGGCCCUUGGACUGCGCACCCCUGCCCGGUUCGACGCCGGUGCCCGCACCCAACGCGAAGACGUCGGCCCUGGCCAUGGGAGCCAAUGGCCAUGGACCGAAGAAGGAGGAGGAGCACCAUGGUCGGGGCAGAUCGGACAUGUACGAUACCGUGUACCUCUCGCAGCCCUGGUGCCCACGGGCACCGGCGGCAGAGGAGGCGCCCAAGGAGUUGUGGGUCAAGCGGCCGACCGUCAGCGGUUGGGCCAAAGCGGGCGUGCCGAGCCAGGAGAAGUUGCCGCACAAGCUCACUACAUACCACCGAACUUCACUGGAGCCCAACCCGAAUGCGCCGCUCAAGCGCAGCGAACGGCGGCAGCGAUCGGAGACGGCACCGUGA